AUAUUUUCGUGUCUCGUAUUGAGCUAUGUAUUUACGUACUUUGGGAUAAACAGAGCCUUGUGUUGUGGCUUUGAGAGUUCUCAUCGGAAGCAAUGGAAGACGCCGGGAAACCUCUGAAGUCCGGCAACCCAUCGCGUAAGGUGGUUGAUUUGGCUGCCGGAGAAGCACACAAUCUCGUUCUUACUGGGGAUGGCAGUGUCUACAGUUGGGGCAGGGGAAUGUUUGGAAGGAUUGGGAGUGGCUCAGAAACGGAUGAGCUUUUUCCAGUACAACUCAAAUUUGGAAACGCAAAUCCAAAUGGAACACAAGACACUGUCAAGAUCGUGGGAAUUGCUGCUGGCGCUUAUCAUAGUCUCGCUCUUGCAGAAGAUGGAGCUGUUUGGUCUUGGGGUUACAAUUUCUAUGGUCAACUUGGUACAAAUGGAGAGAAAUCACAUGACAAUGAAUAUGAGGUUGGAGACCAUUGUUUAGUUCCCCGGUUACUGAACAGGUUUGUUGAAUUGCACUCUGUCAAUUCUUCAUCGAGUGUGUCUGAAACAGAAGCCAAAACAUUACUUAAGAUAUGUGCUAUCAAAGCUGGAGGAAUGAUAUCUCUGGCUAUUGAUAACUGUGGGACCCUAUGGAUGUGGGGAAACUGUCCACAACAAAGUAAAGAAGGUGAGUUAGCACUUGUAAGCAGUUUCACUCCAACUCCAGUUCGGGAUUUUCUGGGUCGAUCUGUUGUCAAGGUUGCAUGUGGAAAUGAGCAUAUCGUAGCUCUGGUUAGUGCUGGCGAAUCAUACAAUGGUGAAGAUCUAGUAUGCUACUCUUGGGGUUAUAACACCCGUGGCCAAUUGGGCUUGGGGGAUAGAGAGAACAGGCUGCAUCCGGAAGUUGUUAAAACAUUUGAUGAGGAAUCACCCUAUGAGGUGGCAUGUGGUGCCUAUCACACUGCUUUGCUAACUCGUAUAAAGAAAAGUAGUAGUGACACAUUAGACAGCAGAUGCUGGACCUUUGGCCUUGGAGAUAAUGGCCAGCUUGGGCAUGGAACAACACAAAGCACAUUAUUUCCUACACCUGUUAAAGAAUUGCCACAAAAUGUAUCCCUUAUUUGUGUUGACUGUGGUUUGUUUCAUACAAGCGUAGUUUCCUCAGAUGGGGAUGUGUGGUCAUGGGGAAUGGAGAAGGGUCUUGGCUUAUGCCCUGAUGCUAGUCGAGCUGGAACAGAUUCUGGUGAUGCACUGUCUCCCCGUCUUAUGUCAUGGAAGCCAAAUCAACCUAAAUUUCCAGAUCCAGUUAAACUUGCAUGUGGGGCCGCACAUACUGUUAUAAUUGCGCAAGGGGGAUAUAGAAUGUGGUCUUGGGGUAGGGGAAGAAGUGGAGUUCUUGGAGAUGGUAAAGGAGUAGAUUGUUACACUCCCACGCUCGUACUAUGGCCUCAAAUGAUGGAUGACUCUGAGGAAGAGGAAGUAAAAAGCGAUGGUGAGCAAGGUAAGGCUAGAGAAAAGGAGACUGAAGCAACAAAUGAAGCAGAAGAGAAACUAUCCUCAGCAUUGAAUGAGCUGAAGCUGCUUAAAACAAAGCUAUCUGUGAUUAAAAAUUAUGCCAGUAUUCUGCAUGGUUCGGUUUUUGGAAAGCCCUUUGAUGAGCAAGAUAUCCCUGAUUCAUUGCAGAAUUCAGGUUCAUUUGACAUGGGAAAAGAAUGGGAGAAGAUGUUAGAGACCGCAGAUCAUAGGAAGCUAAUUAGGUUGGAAAUGUUUUACCGAGACAUGCUUGCUGGAGUAAAAGAUGAACUAAUGAAGAGAAGGAUAAAGGAAAUUGUAAAGGAGUGUCUCCAAUCUUCAGAGGUGUAAAAACAGUAUCUAAAUGUAAAACAUGAUACCAUUCGGAACAAAAGUAUUUCACCUAAAAAGUAAUAAGCUAUUUGAUCA